AUGGCUGAUAGAGAAAGAACACUAAGGGAGUUAGCUGCACCAAUCCUAAAUCAACAGCCUCUGUGCAUAGAAUAUCCCACUCUUGAGGUAGCUUUUGAACUUAAAUCAGGUUUAGUUCAAUUGCUUCUUGUUUUUCAUGGUUUUCCAGGUGAGGACCCUCACAAGCAUUUUAAAGAGUUCCAUGUUGUCUGUUCAAGCAUGAAACCACAGGGUAUGAUUGAGGAACAGGUAAAACUGAUAGCUUUUUCUUUUACUUUACGAGAUAAGGCAAAGGACUGGUUAUAUAUUCUUCCUCCUGGUUCAAUACGUACAUGGGAUGAGAUGAAUAGGGUGUUUUUAGAUAAGUAUUUCCCUGCAUCACGAGCUGCAAAUAUUAGAAAAGAGAUUUGUGGGAUAAGGCAGUCUAGUGAUGAGACACUAUAUGAGUAUUGGGAAAGGUUCAAACAACUCUGCGCUAGCUGUCCACAACACCAAAUACCUGAGCAGCUCUUAAUCCAAUACUUCUAUGAAGGACUCCAACCUAUGGAUAGGAGUAUGGUAGAUGCAGAUAGUGGAGGAGCCUUAGCCAACAAAACACCUGAGGUGGCUUGGCAAUUGAUUUCCAACAUGGUUGAGAACUCUCAACAAUUUGGAGAAAGAACAGAUGGAGCUAUCAGACGUGUUAAUGAGGUAAGCCAUUCUAAUCUGGAAAGUCAAAUUUCUGAUCUAACUUUUUUGGUUCGUCAACUGGCUGCAAGGCAAUUAAGAACAACUAAGGUUUGUGGCAUAUGCUCAAUUCCUGGGCAUCCUACGGACAUGUGCUCAUCAGUGCAAGAUGAAUCAAUGCAACAAGUCAAUGCCGUAGGAGGAUUUCCUGGCCAACCUCAACGCAAAUAUGAUCCCUAUUCUAACUAUUACAAUCCUGGGUGGAGGGAUCAUCCCAAUCUGAGCUAUGGAAAUCAAGGAGGGCCACAGAGAUUCCAGCCUCAAGCUUUCAACAGACAACCUCCAAUUCCAACACUUACCCAAGCCCAAAAUCAACCCUCAAGUUCAAGUAUGUCUUUAGAUGAGAUAGUUAAGGAUCUAUCACAACUUACUUCACAAAAGAAAGUGGAUGAAGAGCAGAAAGAAGAGGAUGAACAAGAUCCACUUGAGAGUUCCAAUAAGGUAAAGCCCGACUCCCCUUUACCUAAGAUUUCUAAUGCCAUUGUGCCACCUUUUCCUAGUAGGUUGGAAAAAUCUAAUAAAGAAGAGUACGAGCAAGAAGUUUUGGAGACCUUUAGGAAGGUGGAGAUAAAUAUUCCUUUGUUAGAUGCCAUCAAGAAAAUCUCGAAAUACGCAAAAUUUCUGAAUGAGUUGUGCACUAACAAAAGGAAGCUGAGAGGUGAUGAGAAGGUAAGGGUUGGGGAGAAUGUGUCAGCUAUCAUCAAGAGAACCCUGCCAGAAAAGCGUGCUGAUCCAAGUAUGCUUACUUUACCUUGCGUGAUUGGCAAGAAAAGAAUUGAGCAUGCCAUGCUAGAUUUAGGUGCAUCUAUCAAUUUCAUGCAAUACUCAAUCUAUUGUGCUUUGAAUUUUGGUCCAUUGAAGGAGACUAGGGUAGUCAUUCAAUUAGCUGACCACUCUAGCACUUACCCUGAGGGGAUUGUUGAAGAUGUUUUGGCUCCUAAGUUAGAGUGGAAGAUCUUGCCAAAUCACCUUAAAUAUGCCUAUUUGGGUGAUGAAGAAACAUUGCCAGUGAUCAUUGCAAAAGGGUUGACUGAUGAUCAAGAGGCAUGGCUCAUCAAGGUUUUGAAGGAGCAUAAAGCAGCAAUUGGUUGGACUUUAGUUGAUAUAAAAGGAGUUAGUCCAUCAAUUUGCAUGCACAAAAUUCUUUUGGAAGAUGGUGCCAAGCCAGUCAGAGAAUCGCAAAGGAAUCUCAACCCAGCAAUGAAGGAAGUGGUAAUGAAAGAAAUCCUUAAGUUGUUAGAUGAAGGGAUAAUCUAA